CGGGCCGGGCCGGGCGGAGAGAAGGGAGACGGGAGACGGGACAGGGGGACAGGCCGCGCGUCGCCAUGAGCCUGAGCGCCAAGGACCUGGCGAGCCUGCUGAGCAUCGUGUCGGAGGAGGCGGGCGGCAGCACGUUCGAGGGCCUGUCCACCGCCUUCCACCACUACUUCGGCAAGGCCGAGCACUUCCGCCUGGGCGCCGUGCUGGUGAUGCUGCUGCAGCAGCCCGACCUGCUGCCCUCGGCCGCGCAGCGCCUCACGGCGCUCUACCUGCUCUGGGAGAUGUACCGCACCGAGCCGCUCGCCGCCAACCCCUUCGCCGCCGCCUUCGCGCACCUGCUCAACCCCGCGCCGCCGCCCGCGCGCAGCGCCGCCGCCGCCGCCGCCGCCUCCGCGCACGAGCCCGACCGCCCGCCGCUCUCCGGGUUUCUGCCUCCUAUAACUCCACCCGAAAAGUUUUUUCUUUCCCAACUGAUGCUGGCCCCCCCAAGGGAGCUCUUUAAAAAGACUCCCCGGCAGAUCGCACUCAUGGAUGUGGGGGGCACAGGCCAGUCUGUGGACAUCAGCGGCCUUCAGCUGGCCUUGGCAGAACGCCAGUCCGAGCUGCCAACUCAGAGCAAGGCUAGUUUCCCGAGCAUCCUCAGUGACCCAGACCCAGAUUCCUCCAAUUCCGGAUUCGACAGCUCGGUCGCCUCUCAGAUCACCGAAGCUUUGGUCAGUGGACCAAAACCACCUAUUGAAAGUCAUUUCCGGCCAGAGUUUAUUCGCCCACCACCUCCACUCCACAUCUGUGAGGAUGAGCUGGCUUGGCUGAAUCCUGCGGAGCCCGACCAUGGCAUUCAGUGGGAUAAGUCAAUGUGUGUGAAGAACAGUACUGGUGUGGAGAUCAAGAGAAUAAUGGCCAAAGCCUUCAAAAGCCCCUUGUCAUCGCCUCAACAAACGCAGCUCCUGGGUGAGUUGGAAAAAGAUCCCAAGCUUGUUUACCAUAUUGGCCUCACUCCAGCCAAGCUUCCUGAUCUGGUGGAAAACAACCCUCUUGUCGCCAUCGAAAUGCUGUUGAAGUUAAUGCAGUCAAGCCAGAUCACGGAGUAUUUCUCGGUUCUGGUCAACAUGGACAUGUCUUUGCACUCAAUGGAAGUUGUAAACCGACUCACAACGGCCGUUGACCUACCUCCUGAGUUUAUCCACUUGUAUAUCUCAAACUGCAUCUCUACUUGUGAGCAAAUCAAGGAUAAAUACAUGCAGAAUCGCCUGGUGCGUCUUGUGUGUGUGUUUCUUCAGUCCUUGAUCCGGAACAAGAUCAUCAACGUGCAGGACUUGUUCAUAGAAGUGCAGGCUUUCUGCAUUGAGUUCAGCAGGAUCCGGGAAGCUGCUGGCCUUUUCCGGCUGCUGAAGACACUGGACACAGGAGAAGCCCCUUCGGAGACCAAGCUGUCAAAGUGAUGCCCCCCCACUGAGCUGGACUGUGAUUUCUCUUAAAUACCUGUGAUGUUUGCUUGCUCUGAUACAUACACUUCAUCUACUUACAGCAGGAUUUCUCCUCUUGAAGAGAAUUGGGAGAAUGCCUUGUGUUUUAUGGAAUACUCAUCCUUAAGAGAAAUGACACUGUUACUGUAUGAAAGUAGAUGAAGUUGUUAGCUCUAGUGAGCAAAGUACCUGUUUUUGCUUAAAUAACUUAAGGUUAAGCUUAAGGGCUUUGACAGGAAUCUCCCGGUUUCUAAGUUCUCAUUGGUAAGGUAUUUAAUGAGAACAGAUGGCAACAUUCUCAGUAUGUUGUACUACCCUGAGGUGAAACCAGUCUCCAUUACCAAGUGGCAACCCAAGUCUUGAGCCCACAAUUACAUCAUGAGCUUUCAUUUAACCAGGACACCUGGUCACAGACAGUAGUGGAAAUGCAUUUUGUGGGUGUCUCGUCCAAAGAUGGAAACUUGACCCUUUUCAGUAUUUUUCUGGGUUCCCACCUUUGAUAGGACAUGUUCAUUAGUUUUGUUCGCAGGCCUUGGAGAAACGGUCUUUAGCAUCACCAUAGAGGAAGUAAAUAGCAAUUCUUGCUCGCACCGAGGGGAGGAGCUCAGGCAGCAGGGCUGGGCUGAUACUCCUCACUGGACUUUGAACAGUGCCUUACAGUAAAUAAAGUUCCUUUUGAAUGAA